AUGUGGCCAAUUCAAUCGACCAAGACUCGCCGAGAACACAGCCUUAUCACACGCUUCAUUGCAUCGACCACUAGAAAAGCUCGCCCACUUAUCUGUAGAAACAAAACCGUUCGUCCUGUCCUUGACAUUAUCAAGGAAGUGAAGGAGCAAGGGAAAGGCACUGGGGUCAAAUACAACAACUUGAAAGUUCGCCGCUUGCUAGAAGAGGCAGCUGAAAAUUUUAUGCUCGGAUUGGCGACGGUUGAUAAAAGUGUCCUAGAAUGGCUUGCCGACGACUGCACCAUGAUCGACCCUUCACUCGACAAAAAGAGUCAUUCAGACUACGUCAUCCAUGGAAAGUCCAACAUAAUCAAAGCACUUGAAAGCGACAGUCCAACUGCAUAUCAAGUCAGAACCAACAGAUUUAUCCCACUCUCAACAGUUGUCAUACAGGGACAAAUCUUCUCUUUCUGGGAAGGGUUAAUUCGGGAUAGCACGACUAAGGGGGCGAACAAGGCCAAGGAGGCGAGCAAGACUAUAGAGGCGCUUAGGGCGGAGGAAAAUAUGAAAGGGGACUUCUACGUCGGCAAGUUCGGGGCAGCCUUUGUGAUAUGCCUCGACAAAAAUGUCAUGAUCAAGAGAGUGGAGUUCAGGUACUCAGAAAUUGUGGUGCUCGACUGUGCAUUCAAUCAGCUUGUCAAGGCAACAAGAGCCAGAAAAGUUGAUCUACACUUGGAAAGCGUCAGCGAAGAAACUGCGUAA